AUGUCUGCUGACUGGGGCUCGUUUUUCCAUUCUUCAGGCAAUCGUUCUCACGAUGAGAAUAAGGCUGACCCCGUGAGCGGGGACGACGAGGUCGUCGAGCCCGACCAGGGAAAUGUCCUCUCCCACAUUAUCUCACAGCUCCGACCGGGAGCCGACCUCAGUCGGGUCGUCUUGCCCACCUUCAUCCUCGAGCCGCGGUCCAUGUUGGAGCGCAUCACAAAUUUCAUGGCCCACCCCGAGACUUUGCUCCCCAUGCCUGCCAUCGACGACCCGCUAGAACGAUUUGUCUCCGUGGUCAAGUUUUAUCUGAGCGGAUGGCACAUCAAGCCUCCAGGAGUGAAGAAGCCGUUGAACCCCAUCCUCGGAGAGACCUACACCUGCUACUGGGACUAUCCCGAUGGCACCCGCGGAUACUACAUCUCCGAACAGACCUCCCACCACCCUCCCAAGUCCAGCUAUUUCUUCAUGGCCCCGGAGCACAACAUCCGGAUAGACGGCACUCUGAAGCCGCGCAGUAAGUUCCUGGGGAACUCUGCCGCCAGCAUGAUGGAGGGUAUCGCUAUUCUCCGGUUCCUGAACCGCGGUCAGGAUAAGGACAAGGGUGAGCGAUACAUCUUGACGCAACCGAAUAUGUACGCCCGGGGUAUCCUGUUCGGCAAGAUGAAGUACGAGCUCGGCGAUCACAGCUACGUGCGCUGCCCGGAGAACAACCUGGUUGCCGACAUCGAGUUCAAGACCAAGGGCUAUUUCUCUGGCACCUACAACGCUAUCGGAGGAACGAUCAGGAACGAGAAGACCGGUGAGAUCUACUACGAGCUGUCCGGUCUGUGGAACGGUGAAAUGCACAUCAAGGACGUCCAUACUCACAAGAAGGACCUCCUCUUCAAUGCGACGCACGCCAAGCACACUCCCCCAUUGACCCGCCCCAUGGAGCAGCAGGGCGAGCGCGAGUCGCAGCGGCUGUGGCACAACACCGUCAAGGCCAUCAUCGCCCGGAACCACGAGGCUGCGACGGAUGAGAAGACCAAGAUCGAGGACCGCCAACGAGAGGAGGCGGCGAAGCGGGUCGACGAAGGCGUCGAGUGGCACCCCCGGCUCUUCCGGCGGGUGCAGGGUGGGCCCAACGGCCCCGAUGAGGGUGAAGAGGACCUGGACUGGAUCAUCAAUGCGCACGUCGACCCGCAUAACCCCGAGAUCGCCGCCCAGCAGAUCCUCGCCAUUGCGCCGAUUCUUGAAGGUCAGAAAGAGCCCUCCCAGUUCCAGAUCCCCGCACACAAAGCCAAGAAAAGCGAAGCGGCCUCCAUCCCAGCCAACGGCGCUGACACCACCCCGGGUCAGACCAAGAGUGAAGUCGAAGAGGCUGUCGAGCGCAAGGACUCACGCACGGCGGGUAUUGACGCCUACGUGGACGCCAAGGAGUAA